UUUUUUUUCCUCUCUCUCUCUCUCUCUCUCUCCCUUCAAAAGCCUUCUACUUCAAGUAGAUUUUUCUGAGAUUUCCACCCUCUAGCUCUCCCUCUGCACUCUGGGAUCCUGAAACACUUUUCAACCAGAGUUUCCUGUUGCAAGCCACGAUUUAUCUGCCACUUCCAUUCCUACUUUUCAGCACCAAAAGAAAAGCACUUCCAUUCUGCUCUGGAAACCACCUUUCCUCUUAUAUAUCAAACUAUAUAUAUUUAUAUUUCCUCAACGCGUUUGAGACUUUCGCCAUUUUUUGUUCCUCCAAAGUUAAUUCUUUUUUAUCCAGCUAAGUUUAGGCAACCAUCUUUGAAAAACUCACACGUCUAUGCAUGAUCUGUAACAUCUUCGUCUCCAGCUACAUUUAGAGGCUUCCGCCAGGUUUCUUGGCCAUUCGACGUUCCUAUCCUUUCUUCUUUACUAGGCUCGGUUUAGGUACCACAAUAAGUCUUUAUUCGUUAGUUUAACCCCAAAAGUUUGUAUGUUGCUUUUAAACUCUACUGGGUUUUCCUUUUCUUGAGCUUCAUCUUUUUUUUUUUCCUCACAACCACGAAUUUUGAAAUUGGGCUUCAGUCGCUUGUGUAAUUGUUUUCAAUUUUUUCCAUGUUGAUCUAGACGUUAGUGUGCCAGUUUCGUUUAUUUAGGUAUUUUGGGUUUCUGAGUCAUUGAACGAUUGAAAUUUCGGUGAAAUUUGGUUUAACUUUUGGGAUUUUGAUCUGGGUUUUGAGUGUGAAGUCAAGGCCUUCGCUGCGCCUAUUGGUUUAUUGCUUUGAAGGACUUUAAUGCUCUGUUGCUAAGAUGCAGCCUGAUCAGAGGAAAAAGUCAUCGGUCGAAGUGGACUUUUUCACGGAAUACGGUGAGGGUAGCAGGUACCGAAUUGAGGAAGUUAUUGGGAAAGGAAGCUACGGUGUUGUUUGCUCUGCAUAUGACACACACACAGGAGAAAAGGUUGCGAUUAAAAAAAUAAAUGACAUAUUUGAACAUGUCUCUGAUGCCACUCGCAUCCUUCGUGAGAUUAAACUUCUUAGACUCCUGCGUCAUCCAGACAUUGUGGAGAUCAAGCACAUCCUCUUACCGCCUUCCAGGAGGGAAUUCAAAGAUAUAUAUGUUGUUUUUGAACUCAUGGAGUCUGAUUUACACCAGGUUAUUAAAGCAAAUGAUGAUUUGACGCCAGAACAUUAUCAGUUUUUUCUUUAUCAGCUUCUUCGUGGCUUGAAGUACAUACACACAGCAAAUGUAUUUCACCGUGAUCUAAAACCCAAAAAUAUCUUAGCAAAUGCUGACUGCAAACUCAAAGUCUGUGACUUUGGUCUUGCAAGAGUAGCUUUUAAUGAUACUCCCACUGCUAUAUUCUGGACGGACUAUGUUGCAACACGAUGGUACAGGGCUCCAGAAUUGUGUGGAUCCUUUUUUUCAAAGUAUACACCAGCGAUAGAUAUAUGGAGCAUUGGAUGCAUCUUUGCAGAGCUUUUGACUGGAAAACCUCUUUUUCCUGGGAAAAAUGUAGUUCAUCAAUUAGAUCUAAUGACUGAGCUGUUGGGAACACCAUCUGCUGAAGCCAUUGCCAGGGUUCGCAAUGAAAAGGCUCGGAGAUACUUAAGCAGCAUGAGGAAGAAGAAGCCCAUCCCUUUUUCCCAGAAGUUCCCAAAUGCAGAUCCACUUGCACUUCGUUUAUUAGAAAGAAUGCUGGCAUUUGAACCCAAGGAUCGACCUACUGCUGAAGAGGCUCUUGCUGAUCCAUACUUUAAGGGCUUGGCCAAGGUUGAGAGGGAGCCUUCAGCUCAACCAGUUACCAAGAUGGAAUUUGAAUUCGAGAGACGAAGGAUAACCAAGGAAGAUGUACGAGAGCUUAUAUAUCGAGAGAUUCUGGAGUAUCAUCCAAAGAUGCUGAAAGAGUACUUGGAGGGAGCAGAGCCAACAAGCUUUAUGUAUCCAAGUGCCGUUGACCAUUUUAAGAAGCAAUUUGCUUAUCUUGAGGAGCAUUAUGGAAAAGAUGGUACUGUUGCUCCACCUGAGAGGCAACAUGCAUCAUUACCGAGGACAUGUGUAUUAUAUUCAGAUAAUGCGGUACAGAAUUCAGCAGAUGUUGCAGAUGAUCUCUCCAAGUGUUCGAUCAAAGAAAUUGAGAAGGCUCAUAUGGACAGGAGUUGUGGGAUCCCUAUGACACAGCUUCCUCUACAAGUUCCUCAAGGUAUCCAAGGAGUUGCUGCAAGGCCUGGUAAAGUUGUUGGUUCAGUGUUGCGGUACAACAAUUGUGGGGCAGCAGCAGCAGCUGAAGCUCUUGAACAGCGGAGGAUGGUUAGAAAUCCAUCUGGUACAACUCAAUAUUCUGCUUCAAAUGGCUCAUAUUCAAGAAGAAACCCGAGCUGUAAGAAUGAGAGGGGUGAAGAUGAUGGGGUUGAAAGUUCUAAGUACAUGGCAAGGAAAGUCGCUGCUGCUCAAGGUGGAUCUGGAGGUCACUGGUAUUGAUAUUGGUCAUGUUAAUUUUGUGCUGAUCUGCCUACUAUAGAUAUUAUCCAACCGAGUUUUGGGGAAAAUCUACCACUCAUCAUGGAUUGUUCUGCCAAAUUAACUCUUCAGCUUUGAUAACAGUAUUCGAUCAGUGUUAUGAACUGGCAUAGGUGCUUGGGAAGUGCAACUUUUUUCGGUGAAGUGGCUGGCUAAAAGUUGCAAUUUGCAUCUAUAUCUUGACAUUUACAUGGGGUUCCCGAUGACUCUUAUCCUUGAACUUAUUCUCUGAUUCAUAACCGAAACCAAGAUUCAGCUGAUGUGUGUAGCCAUGAAUGAGAAGGCAGUGCUAUUGAUUGACUUGGAAGUUCUUUUGUUUCGUUCUCAUUCUUUGAUAGACUCUAGAAAUUAAUCUCUGUGGGUUCUUCAUAACUGUCAUAUUGAUUGUAUCAGUUGACCUUAGUUAUUUGUGCUCCAAAUAGGGAUCUUUAUUCACCAGAACAUCUUGAGCUGUUUGUCACAGUGACUAGAUUGACAGUUGGAAAUUUUCUGGUAUACAUAUUUGGUACCUGUAUUUAUUUGCACUUAAA